AUGUCCGGCGAGAAACGUCCAGCGCCUGAGGGCUUCGGCACCUCCCACCAGCUCGUGGUCAAGAGGAGCAAGGCCGAUGCCGAACUCAACGCGGGAACCGCACUGGUCAAGGGCUCGUCGCAAAAUGGAGCUCUAGUCCAAUCUGUGCCUCGCACGAGCGGGCUCGAUGCUCCCAUCAUGGAGCUUACAGGUAAAAUGCUUCUGUCAAUUCAAUCUAAAACAUGCGCUAAUGGGAUAAACAAAGGUCACUCUGGAGAAGUAUUCACGACGCGAUUCGACCCUACUGCUCAACACAUUGCCUCCGGAUCCAUGGACCGUUCCAUUUUACUCUGGAACACAUACGGACAAUGCGAAAAUUAUGGUCAAUUGACCGGCCACCGGGGAGCCGUGUUAGAUCUCCAAUGGUCACGCGAUUCCCGGUCACUGUUCUCAGCAUCCGCCGAUAUGACUCUUGGAAGCUGGGAUGUCGAAACAGGCGAACGAGUACGCCGCCACGUGGGCCACGAGGAGAUCAUCAAUUGUCUCGAUAUCAGCAAGAGAGGACAGGAACUGUUAAUCAGUGGCAGUGACGAUGGUUGCAUCGGUAUCUGGGAUCCUCGACAAAAAGAUGCUCUGGAUUACCUCCAGACUGAGCUUCCCAUUACUGCAGUAGCCUUGUCCGAGGCAGGUAAUGAGAUUUACAGUGGAGGUAUUGAUAACACAAUCCACGCUUGGGAUAUUCGGAAGAAGGCCGUGGUCUACUCUAUGACCGGCCACACAGAUACAAUCACUUCGUUACAGAUCUCGCCAGACUCACAGACUCUGUUGUCCAACUCCCACGACUCUACAGUUCGCACAUGGGACAUUCGUCCCUUCGCCCCUACCAACAGACAAGUGAAGACGUACGAUGGUGCUCCCGUCGGACUUGAAAAGAACCUUAUUCGGGCCAGCUGGGAUCCCAAGGGCGAGAAGAUUGCUGCUGGUAGCGGUGAUCGGAGUGUGGUUGUUUGGGAGGCCAAGACCGGAAAAUUGUUGUACAAGCUUCCCGGCCACAAGGGCACUGUCAACGACGUGCGCUUCUCUCCCAACGAUGAGCCAAUCAUUGUUUCGUGCUCGUCCGAUCGGAACCUGAUGCUUGGAGAGCUGGGCAGGUGAGCAUAUGUCAUAAUAAUGUUAUAAUGAAGAUAAGCGGGCGUCAAAUUCAUCUUUUCAAACA